AGUUUGAUGAACACGUUUAAAAAUAACCGCGUUAAAGUUGAGAGACUAACUGGAACUGCCGAUGUGCUCCGUGUGAUUAAAAGCUUAAGAAAACGUCCUCGCAAUAAAUGCCCCUUCUAAACGUUAUCCUCUAUGAAGGCUGCGUCAGAGCGUCGCUAUCACGUGAUCAUAUUUGAAUUUAGCCCUCGAAGUUUGUUUGUCAAAGGCUCCCACUGGGUAGCUAAGUUACAGCUUUGAAACGGAUUUUGCUUGAAGGUGCACACAAAUUAUGGAAAAGGACGACUCAGCUACUCAGCAAACGAGAAACUACCCCAUAGAGAGGAUGAUGCCAUCAUCAGUUGGGAACGGACCUCAGGAAGAGCAUGCUUCCCAGCCUAAAGAGCAGAAUGGCAGUAUUCAGAGCAUGUACUGUAAGGAUCUUGUGUUUGGAGGUGACACAGAGUUCUCCUUUGAAGAACUGCGUGCCCAGCGCUAUUUUAUUCAGUUGAAUGAAAAAGUCUUACACUUGAACAAAGUUAAGCAGGAACUGAGAGUUCAGAUUGAGCAAAAACAAAAACUUAUUCAAGGGAGAAAUGGUGCCACCCAACAUCAGUUUGAAGUGCCACAGCCGUCCUCCCAGAUACGUGAAGUUAGUUGUGCUCCUGUUCCUCCUACUGAGGUGGCUCCAUUGAAAGUUUUUAAUGAGCCAGAAGUGUCUAGCAACUCUGCCAUAAGAAAUGGUGUAGUAAACCAAGAAGAAAACAUGGGACAAGGUAGAAGUGCCCUUAAACAGAGGCAUUCACAGAUGUCAAAACCCUUCACUGUACAUGAUGAGAAGCCAAAUACAAGGUCAUUCUCAAUGAACCAUAACUCCUUGAAGCUGCCCACAUCCAUUUUGAAAGUCAGGCAGCCUACAUCGGAAUGUCCCAGUGAUAAAGACGCUUCCAUCUCACGCUCUGAGGAGGCAAUUAUCAACGGCCACUGGAAUAAGACUCUUUGCAGAAGCCCAGAUGAUACCUGUGAUUUUGCCCGUGCUGCUCAGCUGGCCUCAACGCCAUUUGGGGGACCAGUGAGGCAAAACCCUUCAGAGGGGGGCCUAAUGGAAGACCGUGAAGCCCUCAACAAAACUGCCUCUGUGAUCUUCAAAGAGCCAAACUCUGAUGCUAUAGCAGAGACAAAAAAACUAAGCCCAAUCCAGGAAAUCAGUCAGGAAUGGGGUUAUACCUCCUUUGCCGGCACCUACUCUGUGGAGCCUAAAUCACAAGGAAGAGCUGCCACUCAGUCAGGGAAUAUGGAGGUUAGCCAGUCUACUUCAAGAACCACAGAAUCUGUUCCUGCCCCUGAGCCUGAGAUGGUCAAUCCCUGCAGCCUGGCUGUCAGAAAAACUCUGCUUGAUAACGUGGACCUGAGUGCAUUUACUAACUUUAACAGAAAAACUGGACCUCUGCCUGAGGCUAAUGAUGACCUGCAUCUUGAUGGCGAAACCUUGUUGUUCGUCAGAAAGAUGGGAGAUGCGGAUAGAUACUUGUAUGGUUCAAGUGGUGGGAGUGUUCUUGCUAAGGUGGACAAAUCUCCAGUGCCUUGGGAUUUCUACAUCAGCUGCCAAUUGAGAGCCAGCCUACCUACCAAUCUACAGCACUGUUAUGCUGAAAGCAUCUGCUACCUUUAUGAGAAUGGCUCCUUCACACUCUGGAGGGUUCAUCAAGGGAUGACUAUUCAAGACCUACUAGAAGAGCGCAUAGAUAGACAAGAAGUUCCACUUUUAGCUGUCCAGUUGCUGGAAAUGGUGAAACAGAUGCACUCGUGCCGGCUUGUUCACGGGGCUUUGCGGCCUGACACACUAAUGCUGUGCAACAGCUCUGAAGAGAGUGUUAUUAUCGGGAUCGAGUUCUCCAGCUCAUUGGAUCUUGAGCUGCAGCCUGAGGUGAAGAUGGUGCAAGCUCUUCCGUCUGCUCAGGACUAUAUUAAGCAGGGCUUAUUGUUGCCCACUGCCUCCCCUUACCAGGUUGACCUAGUUGGAAUUGCAGAAAUAGUGCACUUGUUGCUAGUUGGAAGAAGCAUAAAUCUAGUUAAGGAGGACGCAUAUUGGAGAUUGGCAGAGGACUGUAACCUCAGAGAACCUCUUGGUCCCUUGUGGGAAGACUUCUUCCAUACUAUUUUGAAUCCACAGGACAAGUCAACAGAGUGUGUUUUGUCCAACCUCAUCAACAGCUUAAAGAAUGCUCUCUAUGAAGACUUGGAGUAAUGUAUGUUGUUAGUGAGUUUUUCUGUGUUAUUUUAUGUUAUUUCUAUGUUUUCUAUGUUUUGUUAUUUUAUCACCUGCUUUGACUCCGAAUUCCCUUCAGUCCUUUUUGACUUAAUAAACUUAAGUUGAACGGAA